AUGGACUCGAGUCGAGACGUUUGGUUGCUCGCUGCCGUUCUCAUGUAUUUGGCGGGAUUAGCGGCCGGUUCUACCUUCAUCUCAGAUACCGUGUUCGAGUUGCAUGGAUCUGCCGGGCGGAGUUUGCUGCAAGCGAAAACGAGUUGUCCUAUCGACUUGGAGGGAAUGAACUCCACAAUCAUCACCGGCAAGUGCAAGGGUCCUCAGUACCCUGCCAACCUCUGCUGUGCAGCUUUCAAGGAAUUGGCAUGCCCUUUCGCUGAUCAGUUGAAUGACGAGACCAAUGACUGUGCUUCCACCAUGUUCAGCUACAUCAACCUCUAUGGAAAGUACCCACCUGGGCUCUUUGCCAGCGAAUGCCGUGAAGGCAAGGAAGGGUUGGCUUGUCCUGCGACUCCCCCGGAGUCGGAGGAUGGCAAUGCAAGUGCAGAUUUCACGAGUCAAACCCUCGCCUCCCUCCUCACACUCCUUAUCUGUGCAAUGGUUCUGGUGUUUCUGCUGCAUACUUGAGAAACC